UACACAGAGGAGCAUAAAGGGCAGAGAGGGAAGGGGAGCUUUCCGGCCAUGAUCACCCCCGGAUACCAGAUGACUAAGAGGGCAAAUGAACUGGCAAGUGAUAUUAAAUACCAUCAACGCUACGAGAAAGAGAUGAAGGGGAAAGUCAGCCAGACAGCGGUGACAGAUGCGACUUGUGCCAAACAAAAUGCAGAUCAGUUGGGCCGGGAUUACACAGAGGAAUACGGAGAAUACAGGGGGAAAGGGAGUUUUCCUGCAAUGAUAACACCGGCCUUUCUCAACGCUAAAAAAGCCAAUGAAUUAGUCAGUGAUAUCAAAUACAAAAAGGAUCUAUCCAAGCUGAAAGGUGCCGCUCAUUAUCACUCUUUGGCCUCGGAAGACAACCUGACCCUGAAACGAGCCCAGAAUGUGAACAAGCUGGUUAGCGAGGUGGAGUACAAGAAAGACCUGGAACACAGCAAAGGUCACAGCAUUAACUACUGCGAAACACCCCAGUUCCAAAACGUCAGUAAAAUCUCCCAGUACACGAGUGAUCUAAAAUACAAAGAGAAAUAUAAAAACCAGAUGAAGGGUCAUUAUGAAGGUGUCGGCAUGGACAGGCGAACUUUGCACGCCAUAAAGGCUGGAAGUCUUGCCAGCGAUAUUAAGUACAAAUCAGAUCUGAACUGGAUGAAAGGAGUUGGUUGGACUCCCCCUGGCUACUACAAAGUAGAACUGGCUCGCCGGGCAGCAGAACAGACAAAUGCAGAGGGCACAGAGUCAGAGAGGGUCUCAGUGUCUCCUUAUUCAAUGGUGAGUGUCAAGUUACUUUCAUAG